GUCAAAAUCAUUAUUCUAUAUAGUAAUCUAUAUCUAUGUUUAAUCUUAUAACAUUAUCUAACCAAACUUUUAACUUUCAUUGUUAUAUUUUUAUAGAGAAUUAUUUGGAUUUUUAGGCUUUAGCAACUUAUUAUUACUGGAUAUAUGAUAUAUAUAAACAGCAGCCUGCACUGGUACUGACAGAUCGAUAGAAUUCAGGAUGGUAGCAUUCGAUUGCAAAACUACGUCCUUAAUAAUUUGUUCGUCCUUGACCGUCUUAGUGAGUAUCCUGUACUUGUCCGAACGAUGGGAUGAACAACGCAGAAAUAUCGUAAUUGGKACCCGACAGAUAGUGGAUCCUUCCCUUCAAUUCGUCGCCGUGAAGGGAAAGCAAAAUAUGUACAAAAAAGGACAGUUAUUUCGACGCUUAUAUAAUGGUUUCUUAAGUGACUUGUAUUUAGAAAACGAAAUUUUAGUCAAAACUACCAACACCAGUCGGACGUUCAUGUCAGCAGCAAUGGUUUUAACAGGAAUGUAUCCACCAAAAAAUUAUCAAAAAUGGUCAAACUCAGAAACUGUAUGGCAACCUAUUCCUAUUUACAGUAAUUCACCAGAUCGCGGAACAUUAAUCGGUAGUAUGGGAAUAUGUCCGUCUAUUGAUUCAUUUGCAGCAAACCUCUCACAAAUAAUAGAUUAUUCAGCAGACAUAACAGCAUUGAUAUCGUUUUUAUCUGAAAAUUGUGGACAACCGAUCAACAGCAGAGAUGUUUUUCUUCUAUACGACCUUUUUUUGUGUAGUAAAGCUGAGGGCUUAUCAGUACCAGAAUGGAUUAAACCUUAUCACCUCGUAACAAUGAAAUCAAUUUCUUCAAAAAUGAGUUAUCGAAACACCGAUGAUGAAGAUGAUGAUGAUUUUGGAGGUCGAGGGCCUCUGCUAAAUGAAAUUGGUUCGAACAUGGAAUCGCGUUCAAAUAAUUAUAAUACAUCAAGAAAAAUGCAUCUUUAUUCGGGACACGAUAUUAGUAUAGGAAUGGCAAUGAGCUUUCUUGGCCAUACAAUUGAAUGGCCCGGUUUCGGUGCUUCAUUACAUUUCCAUAUGCAUCACGACGUAUCAAAUGGAUACACAGUUAAGGUAGAAAUUAAUGCACCAAARAAUCAAUAA